AAUGAAUGCACGGCGAUCGCCGGGGAGGCGAGGCGACUCGACGCGGUGACGCUCCAUAUCCGUUCGCCGCUGGCCCGCCGCAUCCCUCUCCCCCACCAGCAGAGAACCCAGAACCGAGACGGCUUAGGGGAGUGAGCGCUCUGCUCACGUCGCGACCCGGAGUGCAGAGCAAACCCGCCGCCGCCGAGGAGCGGGAGCACUCCAUCGGACGGGCCUCCUGCGCGGCGGCGACCAGAGCUUCUGGGCGGGACACCACCUGUUCGACGGAAUGGCCGAGAGGCUCUGCAGCAAGCAAGCCGCUGUGGCUGAGAGCGAGGACCGCCUAAGCACGCUGCCGGACAAAUUGAUCCAGCUGGUGCUGUCGUUCCUGCCCUCGCGCCAGGCCGUGCAGACGUGCGUGCUCGCCACCCGCUGGCGCACCCUCUGGAAGUCCGUGCCGGCCAUUCGCCUCGACGCCUACGCUGGGACCUACCAGUUUGGGCAGGACUUGAGCCAUUUUGUUCACAGCCUUCUCCAAUACCGCGACCCAACUCCUCUGCGUGAAUGUGAGAUCCUUUUUCGUGAUGAUCACCAUGAUUGCGACGAGGAGGAGAUUCAGCAAUACUUUGAGCUGUGGCUCCGUUAUGCUGUGUCAUGCAAAGCGAGGGUUCUUCGAUUUGAAAUAGCCAUGUAUCGUCCUUUGAGGAUACUUGCUGGAACUCUCAUCUCUCAGCACUUGACAAGCUUAAUUCUUUAUUGUGUCCAGUUUGAGGAUUUCUCUCUUGAUGUUUUGGGCUGUCAGUUACUGGAGGUGUUGGACAUUCAAGACUGUAUAAUCAACAUCCGGACUGUUUUCCUAAAAUCUCUACAACAUAUGACGAUGAGAGAUACAGGUUUUUUUCCCAAUGGAAACCCGGUUUGUUAUUUCUGCACCGGGUCUGGUUAUCUUGGAACUAGACGACUGUGUGGGUUGGACUCCGUUGCUUGAGAGUCUGCCAUCAUUGGUAACGGCAUUUAUCAACGCUGGACCCUACUGCAGAGAUAAUUGUAGAAAUAGUUCUAACAGGGACUGUGGUCUUGAGUCAUGUGUGGAGUGCUAUGGUAUAGAUGAUUGUGUGCUUCUCCAAGGUUUAUCAGGCGCUACGAAUUUAGAGCUGAUAACCCAAAAGUCUAUGGUCUUCAGAAAUGAUAUAAAAUGGUCCCCUAUGUUUAGCAAGGUAAAAACAUUGUUGCUCGGUGACUGGUGUAUGGCUGCUAACUUCUGUGGACUAGUUUACUUUCUCCAGCACUCACCAAUUCUACAGAGGCUUACGCUUGAACUUGCUAGUCGCUCUGAGGAAUUUCACAUUGAAACGAGUGAAAUCUACAAGCCAACGGAACAAUUUUUGGUGUCAAAACAUCUCAAGUCAGUCAAAAUCAAUCAUGUGAAAGACGAUAAAAGGAUUCACCAAUUAUUGACGGUCCUUGCUUAUCAUGGAGUACAUUUGGAACUAAUAAACAUUGAGGAGAAGGAGGACGCUUGUGAACGCUUAAGUUUUCAGAACAAGCAGUAGUGCAGUCUGUCUGCUAUCGUCGCUUCUCUACUCAGAGACUCCCAUGCCCCUGAAUAUUUCACCAACAAGGUGGUACUUCCUGCGUUUUGUCAACCGAGAUCGUGGGCCUGCCCCUGCCCGACACGUGUCCCGCUCAAAUGAAGUAUGAGCUCGUGCUGGAUUCUGUUGUGUGCCUCGCCUGGAUGCUGUUGGGAAGGCUUAAACCCGUCCCCGUAUCGCUCUUGCUCAUUUCCUGAACUCUGUCAGUGUCAUCCCUGAACUGAUCAAAUCAAGCUGCUGAAGUCGUACGUUUUGUUUAGUCGUGUCUGGUACGACUUAUUAUGUAGUAAAAUGUUGCGUAUCCUGGUCUAUCGCUCCUGGAAGACUUGUUUUACUGGCUUCUCGUGGUGAUUGUUUGCUUAA